CAAAUGACAUGGAGGAAUGGGAGGUUCCCACUUCUUUAGGUCCCACUGAUGCUAAAGAGAAUGUCUCUCCAUCAGUAGCUAACACAUCUUGUGAGAGUCUGGAAUGCUACAUGGUCCUCACGAAAGCAGAGAGAACAGCCAUUGGCUCUAUCUGUUUCCUGGCAGGUCCUAUCACACUGCUGGAAAAUGCUCUUGUGCUGGGGGUGAUUGCUACUACAGCCACUCUUCGGAAGCGGCCUUCCUACCUGUUCAUUGGCAGCCUUGCUCUAGCUGAUGUCUUCGCCAGCUGCUUCUACACCACAAGCUUCCUGGACUUUCACCUCUUCCGUCGCAGUGAUAGCUCCACUGCCUAUCUCUUCAAGUUAGGUGGUGUCACCCUAGCAUUCACUAGCUCAGUGGGGAGCUUAUUGCUGACUGCCCUGGACCGCUACCUCUGCAUCCACCAGGCCUGCAGGUACAAAGUGCUGCUGACCCGCCGGCGAGCCCUGAUGAGCCUUCUCAUUCUCUGGAGCACCACCAUCUUCAUCUCCUUCUUGCCUUUGAUGGGCUGGAGGUGUCCCACAGGUCUUCGGCCACCCUGCUCACGUCUCUUCCCUUACAUCAACCAGGGAUAUCUGGCUUCCUGGAUCAGCUUCAUCCUGUUACUUUUGGCUCUUAUUCUGGGGGCUUACGCCCUCAUUUUGUGGAAGGCCCAUCGCCAUGAAUCCUCCAUGACCAGUCUCCAGGGAGCAGCAGGCACAGGUCAUGCCCGCAUGAGGAUGGAUAUUCGUCUGGCUCGUACCUUUGGCUUAAUCCUGCUGAUACUGGUGGGCUGCUGGCUUCCUGCACUUUCCAUCAUGCUAACUGAUGUCUCCAUUGUCCUGACCCACACACAGCAGAGAACCUUUGCCUUUUGCAGCACCCUCUGCCUGCUCAACUCUGCAGUCAACCCAUUGCUGUAUGCCCUACGCUGCCGAGAGUUGAGAAUUGCUCUGCUGCAGCUGCUGCAAAGGCUGUGUGAGAUUGGGAGGUGUAAAAUAUCUACUGAGGAUUUGACCCCAAAACUAUCAUCUGCAGAAGACAACAACGUUACUGCCUUGAGUGAGGCUGAGCUGCCCAAGACCAAAACCACCCAACUUAACUCAGUCUCAGAAACAGUGAACAAUCAGCAACCAAACAUUAGAAUAUGAUGAGGUGGAAAGGUGAAAUGAAGAAGUGCAAUACAAACGGAGAAAUAUCUGAAAUAUGUUUAUGGCACUGUGGCUGGUGGCGAGGAAAAGCAUUCAAUGAUAGAAAACAAUCAACUUUACUGUAGCGUAAGAUUCAAAUCCACAGAACCCAAUGGUAGUAUUCAUUGCAGUCAAAUUAUUAGAGCUGGCAUAACUUGCUUUUUUUGAACAUGGGUACUUUGGUGAAGACUAUUACACAAUAAAUUCUGAAUAAUGUGAAUACAUACAUUUGUUAAAAAAUAUGGCAGUCUUUAAAAUGGGAAACAUGUAACUGGGUUUUACAUGCAAUUACAACAACUAAAAUCAGGAUGUAAGGAGAAACAUUAGUUUAUCAGUUUAUUAUCAUUACACAUUACUUUCAUCAUAAUAACAUUUUAAUAUUGGUUAAUUAGUUAGAUCAGGGGUUUUCAACUAGUGGUCCUCGAAGGCAGGGCAGAUGGUCCCUGAUCAAUAAUGCAGAUUUACGGUAGGAUUUUUUAAAAACAUAUUUCCAUGUAUUAAUUAUUGUUUGUGAAUAACUAAAUUCAUGCAUAUAUAUAAGACUUAGAAAUGUCAAGGUGACAUCUAGGAUUAAAAUAGUACUCCUACAGUCUAUCCACUCCAUUGGUCCUCUGGUCAGGUCUUUGUCAUAGCGGUAUUCCCUGGGUCACAAUUAGUUGAAAACCCCUGAGUUAGAUUAUGGUAAACCUGUAUUAGUAUUACUAAUAAGUAUAAUUAAUAGCGUGUGAUUUUAAAAUAUAGCUGCUUACUUUCAAGAAGGAUAGUAGUUUAUAAAGCAUUUUGUUAUAAUAACCAGGACUAAAAGGACUAUUAAUUAGUAAUAGACUCCAGUGGAGAUGCAUAGGCAUUUAAGACAAACAAAAUGAAUCAUGUAUGUUUUAAAAGUGAAUAGCGCAAUGUGGCCAUCUGACCCCUAACCCCUGACCCCCUGUGCCUCCCAUGUCAGUGCUUUAAUGCUCUCACUCCUAGGAAAAAUUUGGUCCUAUGAAGUGAACUGCUGACUUAGAUUUGGAUCCACCAAUUGUGGUUUGUAUACUUGUUUGAGUGUUUAUCACUGAGUAUGUAGGAGAGGAGGUCCCUGUGGGUUUCCUAUAUGCACAUGAAUACAGGACUUGACAAAAGCCCCAUGCAUGUGACGCCUUUAUACAGUGUUCACUACAUGAGUCCACGUAAUGCACAGAGGUAAAUGGGGCACAUGUCAGGAAGAGAAUGAGCAUAGGCACUAGAACACUCUUUGCAAUAAUGACCACUGGCAGCUGCAGUAACACACAUCCUCACAUGGACUUGAUCUCACAGCUGCAAAUGUUUUAAACACCUACUGAUCUUUGGGGAGGCGACAGUGGUGCGGUGGGUAGAGCAGU